AUGAGAAUCCUAUUGGUAGGUCUUCUAUGGCUAAGCCUUGCUUUAUCUUUGAAUGGAUCAAGGGCAGAUUCAUCACAGGAAAUAGCCUCAAAUGGCGUCCCGGAUAAGAAUUUACCCAGGAGAGUGAAGCGAGGCUGGCUGUGGAAUCAAUUUUUCCUGCAAGAAGAGUACACGGGAAGUGACUACCAGUACAUUGGAAAGCUCCAAUCUGAUCAAGACAAAGGGACAGGUCUUGCCAAGUAUGUUCUCUCUGGCGAGGGGGCGGGCACCAUCUUUAUUAUCAACGAGAAUAACGGCGACCUGCACGCGACGCGCCGCCUGGAUCGGGAAGAGAAGGCCUUUUAUAUUCUCAGAGCAACAGUUGUUAACAAAAUUACAGGCCGAACCUUGGAAGCAGAAACAGAGUUUGUUGUCAAACUCCAUGACAUCAAUGAUAAUGAGCCUCAGUUCAGCCAGGAAUUUUACACCGGCAGCGUACCCGAACACUCUGAUAUCGGUACAUCAGUCCUCUGCGUGACAGCUACAGACGCAGAUGACGACAUGUAUGGGAAUAGCGCUAAACUGGUGUACAGUCUUAAAAAAGGACAACCAUACUUCUCUGUUGACCCAAAUACAGGUGUCAUCCGAACAGCGUUGGGUCCGGCCGACAUGGACCGUGAGCAGAGGGAGAUCUAUCAAGUGGUGAUCCAGGCUAAAGACAUGGCUGGACAUAGAGGAGGACUCACUGGGACCACAGUGGUUAACAUCAGUCUUACCGAUGUUAAUGACAACCCACCACGCUUCACCCAGAGCAUCUACCAGUUGCGAGUUCCUGAACUAUCCAGAGCUGGCACUGAAGUUGGGAGGAUUACAGCCACAGACAAAGAUGUGGGAAGGAAUGCAGAGAUGCGUUUCACAAUCAUUAGUGGAGACGGCACGGACGUAUUUGACGUAUUCACCAAUGAAGAUACCCAGGAGGGUGUUUUGAUUGUCAGCAAGCCUUUGGAUUAUGAGACCAAACAGUCAUACACCAUCGAAAUCCAGGUCCAAAACACUCAGGAAGACCCUCGGUUUGCAUUCGCCAACACCAAAGACGUUGCCACAGCUCACAUUACUGUGGAAGAUGUAGACGAGCCCCCGGUUUUUGACAAAAACACAUAUCUAAUGGAGAUUAAAGAAGAUGCCGCAGUGGGCACCUUGGUGGGCGUGGUCAGCGCCCUGGACGCAGAUGCGGCCAACAGUCCAGUAAAAUAUUCCAUCGAUCGUCGGACGGACAUGAAUCAUCUUUUCAAUGUCCAUCCCGGAAAUGGAACUUUGUUUCUUUUAAAAACGUUGGAUAGAGAGGAGAAUGCCUGGCAUAAUAUUUCAGUCGUCGCCACUGAGAUGUAUCAUCCUCAGCAAAGUAGUCAUGUUUCAGUACACGUCAAAAUACUGGAUGUCAACGACAACGCGCCAACCUUUGCCAUGUUGUACGAAAGCUUCGUCUGUGAAAGGACAAAGGCUGGUCAGCGUAUUCAAACAGUAAGUGCUGUGGAUGCUGACGAGCCAUCGAACGGACACAAGUUUUUCUUCUAUCUUGCACCAGAGGAAAUCCGAUACAGUAAUUUUACUGUGAAAGACAAUGGAGAUAACACUGGCAGCAUUGUGACACGCCGGGACAGCUACAGCCGCCUUGAGCAGGACGUCCAUCUGGUUCCUGUGGUCAUCUCUGAUGCUGAUUACCCACAGCAGAGCAGCACAGGAACUUUAACAGUACGAGUCUGCACCUGUGAUGACGAAGGCCACAUAAUAAUGUGUAAUGCUAAUGCUCAAUUAAGCUCUCCAGGGAUAAGCGCCGGAGUAGUCAUCACCAUCCUGGUGUGUGUCAUCGUACUAUUACUAAUAAUGGCCUUGUUCCUCAAAUUAACCCGACAAGAAAAAAAGGAGCCGUUGAUUGUCUCCAACGACGUCCGGGACAAUGUGGUCAUCUACAACGAAGAAGGUGGAGGUGAAGAGGACACCCGGGCCUUUGAUAUUAGAGCGCUCUAUCAGGAAGAAGAAUCUGCUCAACAGAGGCGGGACGUCAUCCCUGCAGACAUGCCACGGUGUCAUCGCUCCUUUUAUCCAGCGUCGCCACCUAUCAGCUCGGUAUCACUUGAUAAUAAGAGCAUACGUGAAUUCAUCAACCAAAGAGUCGAAGACAGCGAUUACUGUAACCCGAACGCACCGCCGUAUGACUCGUUGGCCACUUACGCUUACGAAGGAGCGGGUUCGUUGGCGGACUCGUUGAGUUCGCUGGAGUCUGUUUGGUCUGAAGAUGAGCAGGACUAUUACUACCUGAAUGACUGGGGGCCCAGGUUCAAGAAAUUAGCUGACAUGUAUAAACAUGAGGAUAUGACAUUUUCCUAA